AUGGCCUCCAGCGGCGCUUGCGCACAUUGCCAGAUCUGGUUCACCACCAGUAUUGCGAAGGACGAGAGUGCGGCGGAUGCAUCAGCAAAUCCCAUUCCAUUUGCCUCUUCAUCGCACACAUCACCGGACACGCAAACAACGGCGCCCACGCAGAGCACCAUGUCGCUCGCCACGCGCGACACACAGCAAGAUGCCCCCACGCCUACGUACGCAGCAGGCUUCACCUUUACUCUCUUCCACGCAUCAUUCUAUGUCGCGUCCUCGGACAAUAGCACGCUGCCCAGCAGGUCUCAGCGCGAACUCGUGUCGACCAGACGCAGCAAACAGGCGAAGACGAGAGAUAUGCGCGCAAAGCGACUCGAGGUGAUGCCCACCAUCGCCGAGACGCCUCCUGCAGACACGACAUAUGAGGUCUUGUCUUCGGUCACCCGAGGAUUGCAGGAUCGGGCACGGCGGCAGUAUCAACAAGGGGUCGAGACGCGUUCAGAUCAGGCGAGUUUGCGAUGUCUCGAGGCUGCUACGCGGGCUGAGAAGGAAAGAGCAGCUCGAGCUGAUCGGGAGAGUCUGAGGAUUCUGGAGGCUGCUACGGUGGAGCAGAGUGUUAGAGCGAGUCGCGCGAGACGCCACAGCUCGAGACGGACCUCGAGGAAGGAUCGCGUACCUGCUACUGGCCGGUACUCGUCGACAGGCGGCACCUCAUCCACGCGGAGAUCGCCAAGUCGCAGAUCAGAGGACUACAGCACUGAUGAAGAAGCCGCAUCUACCACCAAUGCUGCCGCUCACACGACCGCGUUGCGCAUACAAGCCCUAUCCACCACCCUCAGCUCCAUCGCAGCCUCUUUCGUCAAAGUCGAAAGCUCACCAAGCACGCCUUCGAGCAGUCUCUUCCGUCUCCCGCCUCGACCUACCUACCAGCGCGCACUCGACACAGAUCCCGGCCCAGGUGCGGCAGCUGCCGUGCCUACACGCCCGACUCUCUUCCAGCGAACUCUGACCGCAUUCCCUGAAGUCGCAAAGUUCGUGGGAGCUACGGUACCACUACCGACUACUGCGAGACCUUUCGCGAGGGUGGAGUCGGGGGCUUAUAGUAGUGAUAAUGCGCCUUCUUCUGGGAGGCCGUUGAGGCCGGUUGGGGAGUCGAGGAGUCCGAGUUGGGGGAGUGAGGAGGGCGCUGGGAAGGCUGGGAAGGAUGACAGCGAUCUCAAUUGUGAUGGGAAGGAUCUGGAGCUGUAUCACGAGACUCCGUCGAAGAUGAGAGUUUCACGGAUUUCUUCCUGGACGAGUGAGGAGGCGGCUUUGGCGGCUACGCUGGAUGAGGGUGUUCUUGGUGGGGACAAGGGGGGUCGCGGCUCUUCGAACUUCAAGGAGGACUCGAACUUGAGGGAGGAAGAACCUGUGGUCGCUGUUCAGGACGACUUCGCCAACAUUACGAUAGAUCCUGAGGUGUACGGUGAGACACCAGCCAAGGGCUUGAAGGACGAGUCGAUCCGGAAGCCACGCAGUCCUUCAUGGUCGAACAUGGAAGAGGCCCUGGAUGCUGCGACGGACGACUGCAUCCAAUUUGGGGAAAACUCCGAGGCACUCGAUGAAGCUCUUUCCGAUGCUAACAGGCAGUCUGUCCAAGAAUCACCAAUCCCAGCUCGAUCGAUUGAAGAAGUGUCCCCCGCUUCUGUCUUCAGCGACCUCGACUUCACACAGCAGGACAAGGAUCAGAGCCCGGCGGGUUUGGUGCACGAUGACCACGCGGAGUCUGUGGACGACGACUUCGAUCUCUACGACCUCGAACGUACUGAGGAGAAGAAGAAUCAGAGCCCGGCCAGGUCAGCCCACGAUGAUCAUGCGGAAUCCGUGGACGACGACUUCGACCCCUCGCAGGCACACAAGGGAGCUCCGUCCCAUAUUUCCAAGCAGCCUGUCCAGCAAUCACCAAGCCUUACGCGGACUCCAAACAGAGAAGAUUCAGCUUCGGCCUCCAGCGACUUCGACCAUACCGAAAAGGAGCAGGACCAGAGCCAGAGCCCCACCAGGUCAGCACACGAUGAUCACACGGACUCCAGUCACGACGACUUCGACGCUGACGAUGACGAUCACGAGAUCUUCUCCUCAUCUCGAGAUGUAUCAUCACCGUCACCCGAACAUGACAAGGACACCACUCUCCCUGCUGCGACAAAGACGCAGCAGUGGUUAGAGACCCAGCUCGCGAGUGCUAUGAACUCGCUAGUACGUGAGACGGCGGGCAAGGUUGAGCAUGAGUAUGCGGACCUGUUCAGUCCGACACGUGAGACUCCGGGCAAGGUGCAGCAUGAGUACGCGGAUCUGUUCAGUCCAACUCGUCACGGGCGAGCUGGAAGUCUGGAUGACGACGAGAGAGUUGAUGAAGAGGACAAUGCUGGAGAUGUACACUUCGGCCAGGAUGGUGAGGAAGAAGAGUUUGAGGACUGGGAGGUCCUUGAGAGGUAA